GCAACAGAGCGAAGAUGGCCGAGGUAGAUUUUGGUGACAGUGAACUCUUUGAACAAUUGGGAGAGAGUAUGCCUACUGCAACUCACAUUCGGUUCACGGAGGAAGAGGAGGAUGGAGAAGAAGGCUCUGAACUCAAGGGAAGAUUGGGGGAGUGUGAGGAAACAAUACGGAGUUUGAUAGAAGAGAACCAAGAGUUGAAGAGAAAAUUGAAAGUGUUGACAAGGCCAAGUGGCAUUAAUGUUGAAAACAUCAAGAUUGAUGGUCCUCUUCUACACAUCCUUUUUGCAAACAAUAACAUCUCAAAGCAAUGCCGUCAAGAAAUUGAAGACUACAUCUGUAGUAUUGUUCAGAAACAUCAGCAGCAGGGAGUAGUUGAAAAAGGAAAUCCCUACGGAAAUGUCAACCCUCAGUCUUCAAGUUUCAUUAUGGAAGAAGAUCAGAAGACCAAGACCUCCUGUGGAAUCAAAAAGAUUAAGGAGGCCUUCAGUAUGGUGGGAAGUGUCCUGUAUUUCACCAGUUUCUGUCUGGACAAACUUGGACAGCCCCUGCUAAAUGAUAACCCCCAGCAGACAGAAGGAUGGGAGGUUCCAAAAUAUCAGCAGAUCUUCAGCCAGGUCAUUGCCUUAGAUGGACAAGAAGUACAGAUGAAAGAGAAAAGAGCUAAGCCUUGUUGUUUCAACUGUGGGUUGGAUGGUCAUCAACUUCGAGACUGUCCUCAGCCAAAGGACAUGGCCAGAAUCAACAAGAAGCGGAAGGAGUUUUGUCACGGUAACCAGGGAAACCUGAGCAAUCAGCGUUACCAUGCUGAGGAAGUGGAGGAGCGAUUUGCCAAAUACAAACCUGGAUUCAUAAGUGAGAAGCUGCUGUCUGCACUGGGAGUUGAUAUGAACACACUACCACCUCACAUCUACCGCAUGAGGCAGCUAGGCUACCCACCUGGUUGGCUUAAGGAGGCAGAGAUGGAGAACUCCGGUCUCAUGCUAUAUGAUGGGAAGGUUUCAAGUGAUGAAGAACCAACUGGGGACAAUGGACAAAAAAUCUCCUAUGAUGUUUCCAAGCUUGUAGAUUUCCCAGGCUUCAAUAUAUCUUCACCCCCUAGUGUGAAGGAUGACUACAGGCUAUAUGGCUCUAUUCCAAUGCAGCAUAAUCACAUGAAGCAGAAUUUUGCUGCUUAUCUGUCUAACAAUUUUCCAAUGCCUGGUGCCAACUGCAAUAAAAGACCACAUGAAUCCAACUCAACUCCCCGGCAGACAAAGAAAAGGAGAUCUGAUGCCAGGAGUUCAGAUAUGGACUUUGAUUCAGACCAGGAUACUACACCCCGCCGCCACCGGAGCUCAGACAGCUUCCAGUUCCAGCCCCCACUGCCCCCUUCCUCACCAUCCUUUGGUUCACCCCCUCCCUUACCUCAUGGUACUCCGCCAGCUACUCCCACACCACCUCCUCUUCCUAAGGGAACACCUCCCCCCACGCCCACUAAUGGCUCAAGGGCACUGCGGGGACGCACUGUGGGAGGGAGUGAGGAGUCUGCAGGCGGGGAGGAGGAAGAGCUGACACUGGAAGAGCUGGAGGAGCAGCAGAGGCUGAUCUGGGCAGCAUUGGAAAAUGCUGACACCGCCACCAACAGUGACUCUGAGACACAAGCUGUUGGAACACCCCUCCCCAGCUCGCCCAGCGUCUCCACACCCGCCCAUGUUGAUACUGAAACUGAACUGGAGGAUGGUGAAGCUGAAGAUUAUGAGGAAAAGGAGGGAUUUAUGGAGGCUGCCAGCCUCAACCGUGAUGAGCAGAUCAGUGUUGAGACAUCUUCUAGCAAAUGUCAGGAUUAUGAGGAAGAUGCUGAAGAUAAAGGCAAGGUGGUUGAAGACAAGAGCAGCUUACUGCAAUCACCAGAUGAAGAAGAGAGCCCUCAGAGCCCUGAAGCUGCCACAGAUAGAGGCAAUGUGCUUGCACAGAAGGUCAGAUUGCUGCAAACGCCAGUGCAACAAGUGAGUCGUCAGUCGGAUCCCUCAGGUCAAGAUGCUAUAGAGGGAGAUCUGUCUGACUCUUUGGGGAAUGUAAUGGCCGUGCCUCACCGGAGUAGGUUUGCACAGGGCAUUAUUCCCUUUGAGGACACGCCAGAAUUCACAGAAGUUGCUGAGGCCACCGGGACAUACAUUCGAAUCCGAGACUUGCUGAAAGGUUCCCCCCGAAAUAUGGCGAAAAUCAAAAAGUGAGAAAAGACUGGCUUGAAUUCAAAUCCAGGGAUUAUUUUGCAUAAACUUUUUUUUUUUUUUUUUUUUUUUUACAAGUCUGUUGAUUUCAUACACUUUCCUUUCUGUAAGUGUGCCACAGAAAUUGGAGCGGAACAGUUUGGUGACCUCAUUCAAACAUCCUUUUUAAUAUUUUAUUUUUUGUACUAAACUGAAUGUUUUUUCUGUGUAUGAGUUAGCUGGGGUCUCAAGAUGCAAGGUUUUUCUUUCAGGAAACCCCAUUGCUAGUUUAGGUAGUGUCUGUUUUGACAUUCACAGAAUCAUUUUUGUAGCAAUGACAACAUCCAUAUUGCUCUUUUUAGGUGUAAAGAUUUUAUAAAAUGUUUUUCCUCUUUC